AUGAGCGCACGAGGUGACGGAGCCGGGCAGCCUUCGACUUCUUCCGCGGCUGCCAAGGAACAACCUGCCACCGCCGAACCGCCGAAGAGGGGACGAGGGAGACCCAGGAAACAGCCCCAAGAACCUACAGGAGAGCCAUCUCCCAAAAGACCAAGAGGAAGACCUAAAGGAAGCAAAAACAAGAGUCCCUCUAAAGCAGCUCAGAAGAAAGCAGAAGCCACUGGAGAAAAACGACCAAGAGGCCGACCCAGGAAAUGGUGUCCAGGGACAACUCUGCCUCAGAGUUAA